AUGUCUUCUCGCGCGACACAAUUUGACGCCGAAACAGGGAGACCGGGUGCACGGAGCGCGAGCCAGACGCGCUCUAGAACUGAAGGAAGGUACGAAAACAGCAGAGAAGGGCGAGGGUCUCACAGAGCUCUGAUAGGAACUAGUGAUGUGGAACCAACGGAAGUGGGCAUUUCUCACAAAAAAGCUUACGGGAAGACAAGUGAAAAGACUCAACUGCGAAUCUCUAAGGCGCGCACCCAUGGUAGUCAUGUUCCUACUUCAACGCUAAAUGAGGGCUCGCAGCAAACUGUGGACUAUGUUGCACCGCUCUUAUCGGGAAGAAGCACGCAGGAUCAUUCUCUCAAAUCGAGCUCGAGUCCUUACGCUAGUUCGGGAGCAGAAAGAACGAAGUUUAUGGAUAACAUUCCAGGGAUACCAGCAAAUGAACAGUUGACUCAGCGAGUCGACCGGGCCGGCCGCACGCUAUUUCCGCCCCCUUCAGUCUCCAACUAUGGACAAAAUGUUUCUUAUCCCCCUGGUCUUUCAUCUGACGUGAAAAGUUUGUCUAGGGACCCGAACAACACAAGUGAUUUGGUUUUCAGCAAAGCUCCAACGAACAGACUAUCCAAGUCGGCCCGUAUUAAAAGCCAAGAGGAAACAGAAAUGCAAUGGAAUGCGACCCAAGAAAAUAGCUAUCGUCCUCGAGACGAUCAGAGGGACAGACCUGCCGUGAACGAAUUCCAUUAUCCGCGAACGUCGCGUGGAAGGCGUAAUAAAGAUGGCGCUAGUGUUGUUUACAACGAUUUAAAAUUUUCGGGAUCGAACCGGCAAAAUAUUUCGCGACGAUCGAACUCUACCUCUUAUUCUGAGUCACCUACGGACAGCCAGGGAUCUUCUACAGAAUCUGAAAGCGAUAUUAGUUCAUCUCCCGACACUUCGCUUAAACGCAGACGGCGCAUUAGGCGAAAGCCGUCCAAUAAGUCGAUUGGUUCAAGUAUGUACGGCGAAGACAAUACCAGCGAGUCAGAAAACCAGAGCAUCAGUGAAUUUUCGGACACGAACAGUGGAGCGCACUCUCGUGGAAAAAGACGAGCGCAGUAUGCGUCCGAAGAGCUAAUUCCUUCGUCUUUUGUUAGCUACAAAGAGCAGCGAAGUGCUUCUGGCAACAAAAUCCGAUCGAGUAGUUUGACAUCUGUAAGUUCUCUUGAGGGAGCAGGGAUUACAGGGGAUUUUUCUAGAAUCCAGUCACCGCUGAUGUCCCCGAAAGGGACGGGCAUUGCCAAAGUGAGAAAGGUCCAAAUCCGCUCAUUUACUUCAUUUGCCGAUAGUCAUCUUUGUGAUAAAGAAAACCAACCGCAGAGGAGAAGAUCCCUUGAAGAAAGGGAUCCUAGCUCAAAGAGCAAAGGAAGAGCACAGACUGAGGCAUCUGGGAGAGAACAGGCUAGGGUAAGACCCUCCAUGACCAGGCAAGGAUCAGAGUCACCGUCUCUAUCCAGAAACCCAUUCUGUCUCAAAUCAAAGCCGUUAGGGCGGAAAACAAGUAAAGAUUCACUCUUAAGCGAUAGUGAAAGUAACCAUAGUUAUGAUAAAGGGAAUGUGAAUUCUACUUUUGAUUCAGGUGUUUCAAAGGAGGAAGAAGAGAGGUGCAAUUCAGCACCUCCAGCACCUUCAGAAAUUGUUACAAGGGACACUAGAGAAUCCAGAUUACAUUCUAGUGUACCUGACAGUGGGCUACCUUCAUCAAAAAGUGCAUUUGUUCCUAUUAAACCCAGCAAAAGAACUCACAUGGACCAUGAACAAGAUCCAUCAUCAGGGACACCUGUCACAUUUGCGGACUUGAGGCCAGAGAAAGGUGUUUUGAACAACAAAGAUGUUAUAUUGCAGCCUGUGCCACGGCAUGGUAAUCGACCACUCUCCAUUGUCCAAGAAACAGAUGAAUUUGUGAACCUUCAAAAUGAGGAUGCUUAUGUUGCUGAAAAUGUUGAAAAACUUUCCAAAAAGUCACAUCUAACGAGGAGCCCCCCUAUAAGGACUUCUCAGGACCAUGCAAGAACAUCGUCACCAUCUCAUGACGACAACAUGUCAAAGUUACGGAGAUUGUCCUAUGUAAGGGCGCAGAAAAAUGCUGCAGAACUUCCUAUCCACUGUCCAGAUUUAACUACCAUGCAGCCACCAGACAUUGAUUCUAAUUUGGAUUCAUCUCCUCUUUUAGAGAAUUUUCAGUCUGCUGCUCAGUCUGUACAGAGGUUUAAUGCCUAUCCAAAUAAUGAUACAAGAAAAGCUCUAAAAGAGUUUGAUCCAAGUGACCCUCAUGAGAUCAUGCAAAGUACUAGUUCUCCUGUGGUGGCAGAAGGGGAUUUGAUUACUUUUGAUGAUGAAAACAGUGAUGUAAAAGAACCAGUGAAAAAGAGAAAGAAAAAAAUUUCUCGACCUAAAAUACCAACUAUUUUAAGUGGUGAAGCAAGAGGUAUGGUUGAGGAGAGUGAUAUGUCUUACAAGAAAGGUAUGUCCAAUGUAAUUUUAUCAAUACUAAGUUAUUGAUUUAUGAUUUAUGUCACAUCUUUCCACAAUUUAAAUGCAUUAGCAAGAAGUGACAAUCACUAGUUAAAUUCCCAGAAUUAAAAGGGAGCACCAAACUAGAUAACCACUAAUUUUAGCUGAUGAUGCCACCAAUCAUUACUUUACUGUGAUGAAUGUAUGAAUGAAGAAAUUUAAAAAUGGAUUGAUAUCCUUUAAUUACAAUUUGGGACACGACCACUUCAACUCUCUUCAUGAGAGAUCCUCAACUUGAUUUUAGCAGUUCUAAGCAUAUUUGCAUUGAGAAAUCUUCAAUGGUGUGGUUUGCAUAAUAUUGAAUAACACAGUAAUGUAGCAGUCAUUAUCACUGACCGCUCCUUUCUUGCACAGAACUUUCAGACCUGUUUGAUGGGUCAAACAGAGAUACCAUUGUGGCCCAUGAAAGUGAAGAAGACAGUACUCCCAGGGCAGCUUCUGAUGCAGAGGGAAAUGAAGCUGUAGAUUCACUUCACUUCCCAGGCAGCAAAAAGCUUGACAAAGGAUUACCUGGUUCUUUGUAUGACACCAAGAACACUGUUUUUGAUGAUGGUAGCCAAAAAGUUCCACCACAUAGGAGACAAUUGAAGAAAAGGGCAUCUCUUCCAUUGAUCAAAACAGAAUUCUACCAGGAUGAAGUGAACAUUGUUGAAGAAGCACCCAAACUUGAUGUGGUGCAAGAAUCACCUAGUUUACGGAAAGCAGAAACAAUCACUGAUCUUAGUUUGGACCAGAUGCCACAGCACCUUGGGGUAAUCUCAUUCAACAGUGCUGAUAUGACUGAGUUUCAAGAAGGCAAGGGUUUAGAGAGCUGCAGUCCUCCCCUAGGGUCUGUACCAUCACCGAGUCCCAGCCAAAUAAGUUUUGAUGCACUUUCUUUGACAACCAGUGGCUUCAGUGAAACACAUUCUGACCAAGUUAGUACGGGGGAUCUGAAUGUUGUGGACACCUUUCUAGGCAUGGAUGCUACAGGCAAUAUGAAGUCUCUGGAUUCCUGGCGGUCCCAGAGUGACCCUAGCCAUGGCACCCAGUUGGAAGACACAAUUGCUGAGGCAGAGCUGCAGGCACAUCGUAAUAGCAACAGUGAACCUAAUCUUUCUGCAGAGAAAUUAAAGGAGGAGGCUGAGAAGUUGGCUAAAAGGGUAAAUGGUGGAAGCCAGGGUGAAACCAUCCCUAAGAUGCAUGUCAUGACAGAAGGUGAUGAUGAUGAUAAUGAUGAUGAUAAAGACACUUUGUUGGCGGAAUUGAGUCCAGAUGAUGGGUGCUAUGAUCUGGAAAAACCUGAACGUCAUACUAAACUAGUACCGAGAACAAAAUCUGUGACAGGGCCAACCCCACAUGCUUCACCAAGGCCACAAAGAGCAGCAAAUUCUUUAGCUGUGGAAAAGGCUCAGGUGAAACUCAACAAACUCUCAGCAAUGGAAACAAUUAUGGAAAUGCCACAUGCAGAACCCGCCAUAGAAAAACCCAAAGUUGACAAAAAGCGAAGCCCAUCAGUUGAAGGGAGCUGCAUCUCCCCCAAUUCUCCAGGGGUUCAAAAAGAGGACAAAAGAAAACUGUCAGUACCAAAAGAACCAGGAAAGUCCCAAAAGUCUAAACAUGUGAGUACUGUGUUAAUGGUUUUUGUUGUACAUUGUGCACUGUUUCUCAGUAUUUAUGUUUUAAAAUGCAUUGGUUUGUUUGUUUGUUUGUUUUUCAUGGAAAAUUUGAAUAGAGGAAACAUUUUCCCAUUAAAACAACCAGUACUGUGCUCAAGCACAGCCUAGCAGCCACAAGAGACUAACUUUUGUCAACUGAUAAACUUUGCUUUCUCAAAGUGGUAACAUUUGGGAACCUAAGAUUUAUUUGAUGAAAGCCUUUCAAUACUCAGUGAUUUUUCUAAGAGUGCAGUCUUGGCCAUUCAGGAAUAGCCUGUUUAAAUGAAGUUUUUGCAAGUUUUGGUUAGCCCUUUUUUUAUUGAGUUUGGUUUUUAUGGGAUUUGGGAAGUUGCAUGCCAAUCUUUUAAGUUCAGCAUGUGAGGAAAUUCACAUUUCAGUAGUAUUUUCUGAUGCAGUUCGCAGUGUAUGUUAUGAUGAUUUUAGUUUUCAAUCUUUCCCCUUUGACGUCAUAUGCCAGUCAAAUGUUUAUCUGUUUCCAUGGCAAUGGACAAAUGAAAGGUGCAAAUGUCAAUUAGUCAACUGACAAUUUUGUAAAGACUUUUCUAGUAUAGACAUGUCAUUUUUCAUGAUGUUCUCUAUAGAUCACUUAAAAAUAUUUAUCAUCACUAAUUUUUGUCUACAAUGAAGGUUUGACCUAAGUUAUCCUCCACCAGUGUUGCUACUCAUUAAUGUACACUUCAUAUCUGUGAUUUGUCUGAAAGGCAGGAAUUUGUGAGCUUUUGAUUACAAUUUGAAGGUCAAAAGGAAGCAGGUUUAACCUGACAGAAUGACAAUGCAGAUUUCUGCAUUAGUUUUGUCAUCUGUUGUGGCAAACUGAUUAGUUUGUGUUUUUCCACGGUAAUUUGUUGAUGGUAUUGUUACCCAAAACAUAUCAACACAUUGUUGAAUUAAAAGUGAAUUUAGUCUUAAAAUGGUCGGGAACACUUCUUCAGCUGCAGUUCAUUUGAUGUAGAUUUGAUGACCUGAAUCUUCAUUAAAAUUUUAACAGUCUGUAUACUCAAAAAAUGUUAGUUAUUUCAUAACUUUACCUCAUCUUUUUUUGUUGCCAACUUUUCAAUACAAUCCAGGGGGUAUAAGAUUAGCCAACACUCAUUCAAGCAUGAAACAAACACAGUUGAUAAAGACAGCAAAAAAGGGAAGAGGGCUUUCAAAUGAAAAGGCUGCUCUAAAUUUAGAACAGAACUUUGUCUGCACACUUCAAUUAAGAACUUAAUAGCUCAAAUUAAGACACUGUUGACUGUGUGAAUGAGUUGAAAUUAAAUUGGAUCUUAAGUGAUGGGAGGGUUUGGACCAUUUGUGAGUGGGAGCUAGAUACAUUGAGAUGAUAACGUGGCCUGUUUUUGAAGUCGUGCUGAUUAGUCAUCAAAUAUUGUAUGAAUUUUGAUUGAUGAUGUUGAUAUUGAUUUCCAUAAUGAUUAAAUAUCUCCUUUCUGUGGUUAGGGUCUUUGUGUCAGCAAAUAAUAAAAUUUUGUCUGUAUCUUUUCUGUGUCCUGCAUGUGAAGAGGUGGAUUAAACCACUGGUAUGAAAUUGAAAUUAAAAACUGUAACUGUUGAAAUAAGGUUUUACCAUUAACCCUUGGGAUAUGAUCGGUUUCAUGUCAAUGUUAUCACAAUGGACACUUUGCUGAUACCUUCUAGGCUGGAUGAAUAUUGUGCAAAGUUUGUAAUGUUAACACAAUUAAUGCAGAUAAUGAAUGGAUGCAUAUGAUAUUCCUACAGGGGUUUCCAUUCAAAUACAGUUUAACAAAGCUCUGACUGAGAAAAUGCCUCUCGUUUAUGUGGAGUGCAUAUAAACCCUAACUAGCUCCCUGACUGAAGAGUUCACAUGCCUGGAUCCUGCUGGUAAUCUAGAAUAGUCUCUGAAAAAAAAGAACAAAAAAAAUAAAACACUCAGAGCAGCUGCAUUUUCUCUCAUUAAUUGUUUCUCUUUUCCUCAGAAACAUCUUUAUUUUUGAAGAGGUGAUUUGUAGCAAGAUAUGGCACAACCUUUUUUUGUUUGGAAAGCACAGAUCCUAAUGAUCACUUGCAUAACUGUACUUUCUAUUAAUCAUAAAUAUCUCAUGUAUGAGAACAUACAAUGUCAUGUCGUUUGAAAUCAUAGCUGUUUCACAGAAAAACCUUCCAGGACAAAAGCUUGUGAUUGAUCUAGGUUAACUUACUUGUACAUCACAUUUAUCGUACAAAACCUGACAAAUCAAGCAGACAAAUAAACAAACAAAUGAUAACAAAGACAACAACAUGAAAACAGUUUUUAAAUCACUGAAUAUUGCUUUCUUUGAUUUCUCAGACUAGCUCAACUUCAUAACAAAUCCACAAGAAAGAUUUUUAAAUGAAAGAGUUGUCUUGAAGGCAUGUUAUGGAAAGAGUUAAAGGGAAGAAUAACCAUAAACAGUAGUAAUAGUUUAUCACUUUUGAAUUUCUUUUCAGGAUCUGAGAGCCCAUGUACUGAAGAACUUGGUUGAUACUGAGAUGUCCUAUGUACAAAACCUUCAGUUUCUUGUUUUGGUAAGUUGACUUUUUGUUUGCUUCCUUGCUGUAUGUUAAUGUUAGAAGUAUACAUUGAUACAUUUUCACUAGGUUGAAUUAGGAUUUGCUUUUAUCUUCCCAACAUUGAAAAGCCUUAGUAUCAAAGCUAAUGAGUUGUUUUGAAUUGUCUUUUUGUCUCAUUUUCAUUUUCCACACUUCUGUGUACUACCUUGUAGGAAUCCAUGGGCAUAAAAUUCUUUCUUUGUACACUUUCUACUCUUACAAUUUUUAACCCUUAAACUCCUAGAAGUGAUUAACACGUAACAUCUUCCUAUAACAUCCAGACAUUAUCCAGCAAAUAAGUAAUGAGAAUACUGAAAUUUAUCAGGUAGAAGUUGUUAACUUGAUUCACACCAAAUUCUUGAAACUAAUUUACAAAGAAAAUUGUAGCAAUGGGGAGAAUUAAAAAUCAGAUCCUAGGAGUUAAAGGGCAUUAACUAUGGGUUUCAGGCUUUUUAUGGAGUUGAUCCAUGGCGAUGAAAAAGAAUUUUAAUUCAACAACAAAUAUUGUUCACUUGCACUGAGUCAUAUCACUAGUAAUUAGAACUUUUUUGUCCUGAAAGAAAAAAUUGAUGGAUUUUACAGCUAAGUCUUUGGAAAGUAUGGUAUUUACAUGUUUGUAAAUGCAUUUCCUGCAUGGGCCAUUUUGAGAAAUUAAUUUGCGACAAAUGUACACAAUGCAACAAAUGAAGUUUUGAAUAGAGCGAAUUGCAUGAAAAGAAAAGAGUUUUUCCUCGAAUUUUAAGUUUUACAAGUCUGGGUAUUCUUUGAGAUAAACAAAUCAUGAGAAGAGAAUGGUUCUUCCUUAGUUGGCCUUUUGAACCUACAAACAGAUUAUAGUUUAAUUAAGACAAUUUAACAUCUAAAUAAUGCCUCUGUGCAAAGAGAUAUCACAAAACAAGUACCAAACUCUCCUAAAGUAUGUGUGUGUGUUUAUAUUAAAUAAUGGGAUACUCAUAAUCUUACGAUUAUCCGGUCUUUAUGAAUCUGCUAAUUGCACUCAUCAUGGGAUGUGUUUCAAGUAAUUUUACUAAGAAGGUCAUGAUGGGUCUGAAGUGUGUUACCCUAUUUUUAGAUAGCAAGUUGUAUUCCAAGGCAUAAUUAGUUCUUAUAAUUGACUUUGCUGAAAAUUUUUCUGCAAUUGCAAAACUUUUGGGUGCAUGAAAUAACCGUAACUGAUGUCUAAAUAUAAUCUUAAAGUUUGAAUCAAAUGACUCUGAAUUGAUUCCAAGUGGGCCAAAAUACCACAGAUGCCAUUCAUUGUCGAACACUUCAGAAGAUGAAAGAAAAAUAGUAUUGUAUUGCAAAUGGACCAAAAUUGAAAAGAUUGUUAAUGUGUGCAUCAAUUAGUUGAAUCUCUUUUUACUUAAGUGGUCAUGCAAUCAUUCUUAAGAAUUCUACUCCUUUUGAGAAGUUUAUCAAAUAAAUGGAAACAGUAGAUCUUCAUAUUGGUGAACUAGAAGAAUAAUAUUGUUUUCUUGUUAUGUAGGUACCAAAGCUAUAACGGUUUAUUGUCUAUUCUGCCCAGUGCAUAUAACUUUCUUUCUGUUUACAGAGAGAGAUCAUUGUCUCGUUUGUUUCCCCGCAUGUUUUAAUUUCCUGUUGACAUUAACAAUCCAUCUUUGAAUUUGUUUUGAAUUGUUUUUUCUGUCAUCUGUUGAAACAACAAGCUGGAGAGUGCUAAAAUGUCUAAAUCAAUGAAAGGUGCUGAAACAAGGAAAAUGGAUGGAUGAGAAAGUGUUGCCAUUUAUUCAACAAGUUCGUUUGAUUGAAGUAUUGUUAGAUACAAAUAAACUCAUUGAGGGCCAGUAAUGAAAAAUGCACAUGGCAGCUUGCAUGCUUUGGAUAUUUUCUCAUGUAGAUGUUGAAAUUUGUACAGAUCUUUUCUGUGAAUGUGUGUUACUUUUGUGAAGCUAUAUUUGCUCUUUUUUUGUUUUUUGUUUUCUGGCUUGUAAGCAGUGAUAGCUAUGUUAGUCACUAUAAGUUUAUACAAAAGAUCUAGAAAAGAAUGCAAGAAAAUUUUUCUCAUGAGUAGAGUGUGACGUGACAACAAAUUACAAACCUGAACAUGCCCUUCCUUGUUAACACUCUGCUGUUUGAACAAAAUAUGUUUAAGAAAUUUGAUAUUUCCAAAAAUGCGAACACAACAAAAUUAUUAAUUUGCAAAAUAAACUCCCACAAAAUUGUCAUGCUGCAAAGCCUGUAAUUAGAUCUGUGAAUAGCUACCCUUGGUUUUGACCUUGAAGAGUGAGUGAAGACAUACACAGACCUAAUUGAAGAAGUGAAAUGUCACAAUUAUGUCAAGUUUCAUGUAGCAUUAUUAAUUAGUGGCAAAGCAUCUGAUAGUGGUUAUGGAUUUGAAAACUUAAAAUCAAGGCCCUCUUUCCUUUUCACUUCACUUGUCACAUUGAAGUUGUUUUAAAUACUGACCUCCUUCAACAAUCUGCAUUUGUUCUUUUUUGACAACAGAGCUAUUACAAGGCAUUAAAGAAGCAAGAAAACUCUGGGAUUGUAGAGCCAGCACAAGUUGAUGAAAUGUUCUAUCAAAUCCCUGAAAUCCUGUUGUGUCAUGAGUUUUUCCUUCAGCAACUGCAGGCCAGAGUUUCUGAGUGGCAUGACAAGCAGAAGAUUGGUGAUAUAUUUGUUUCAUCUGUAAGUACCUCAACUGACCAAAACACUUAUGGGGAUCAAUAUUUUAUGGCUUACAAGUUAAACCAAUUCAGUUGCAAAGGGUAUAUAAAGAUAUGUAGGCAUAUUAGACUUUACCAAGGUCCCACCAGAGUCUCUCUGUGAGAAAGCCAGAAACAUCAAGUUUACCAGGGAAACCUGAAGUCAAGUAAAGUGAGGGGCAACUUGCAACUUUUCAGGAAGAGCAGUAAUACAAUGUACAUCUUGCCGCUUAAUGUAAUAAGGGAACAAGGAUAGUGCAGUUAGAACACUUGCCUCCCUCUGCUUUGACUCAUGGCAUCCCUCUGCUUUGACUCAUGGCAUCACAUGCUGGUUAAGUUCAUUGUUGCUUCUUGUCCCAGCUCUGGGAGGUUUUCUCUAACUUUUCUGGUUUUCCUCCAUAAACAAAAACAACUCUCCAACUCCAAUUCAACCUGUAAACAGUCACUGGUUAGAGCUGCUAAUUUAUAUUUAUGCCACAUAUGCAGUUGUACCUGGGUGAACCCCCUCCCCGUGUGUUGGCAUAAAUCCUGGCAGUGUUGGCCAGACUUUUGCCCAGUUGUACGCUAUUACUUUCUUGGUUGUACACUUGUGAUGACUUCUUAACUCUUCCUCUUUUGAAUUGAACAAUUUGUAUCAAAAUAAUUGUAAUCAAAUCAUUUAUUUUUAAGUAACUGAACACUUACAAGUAUCUAAUUUGUUGGUUUAUUUUCAGUUUACCAAGUGUUUCCUGGUUGAUGCAUACAGUGCAUUCAUCAAUCACUUCCUUCAAGCAAGAGCUGCAGUGAGAGUAGCAACAGUAACCAGACCAGCCUUUGUGCGGUACAUGGAGGUACUAUAAAUUGGUUUUUUUUUUUUUUUUUGUUACUAAGUGUUUUCAUCAUGAAUCAUGUCAUUGUUGUUGAAAGAGAAACUUUUUUUUUCAUUCCAGCAAUGCUCACGUGAGCAUAAAGAAAAGCUGACCCUUCAAGACCUGAUGAUCAUGCCUGUUCAGCGAAUUCCACGAUAUGAACUUAUACUCAAGGUAAGUACAUAGAGACUCUUUAAAAAUGUGUGUAUUAUACAUGUCAUGACAUGCAGUAGCUAGAGUUUUGUUCUCCAGGUCUUUGUAGAAGAGUGCGUAAACAGGGAUCAAAUUUAAAUAUAAUUAUUUAGCUGUCAAGAUUGUUUAUCAAACAAGCAUUUCAGGGUUAGGGCUUAGUCCAAACAUUCUGCAUUCAUUGAGGUCCAUGAGAAACAUCUUUUCAUUUGCUGUUACAGGAUAUGAUAAAGCAUACACCACAUGAUCAUCCUGAUCAUGGAAGUCUUCAGCUUGCCCUGGGUGAGAUAAAGACACUAGCAGACAGAAUGAAUCGAGGAGAAAAAGAGGUUGAUCAAGCUGAAAGGGAAGCUGAGAGACUCCGUGAUCUUGAGGCAACUAUUGAAGGGAUGACAAAUGUAAUUAACUGGCUUUUGUUUUCAUUCAUGGCAAUAUAAUGCAUUCUAUGCAACACACUAUCAUUAUUUUGCUUCUUUAGUCCUUGUGUGAAUGCUUUUAUAGCCCCCCUUUCAGUUAAGCUUCUUGUUUGACUAAAGCCUUAAUGUUCUAAAAAGCUCUCCCCUUUUGAUCAGCCCCCCUCUCUUUUCCCUUUCUAGAUAAACAACCCAUAAUAAAUAAACACAGGGCAAUAUCAUAAUACUGCUAUAAUGACAUGCAAAUGGGUAUACCAUAAUAUUGCUGUUGAGAAGCUUAUUAGAGUGUUUGUGGCAUUGUUGUCUGAGGUGUGGUGCCCUUGUGCCUAAUGGACUGGACUUGGGAUUGAAAGAUCUUGGUUUGAACUCCUGCAGGAUGUUGUGUUGUGUUCUUGAACAAAAGGCAUUUCUUUCAAAGUACUUCUCUUCACCUGAGAUUUGUUUUAUAAAUUGGUCAUGGCAAGCUGUGAGGUAAUCUUGAUAAAAUGCAGGGGUAGGGAAGGUGGGUGUAACUUAUGAUGAGCUAGUUUUCCAUCCAAGAAGAGAAGUAAUACCUUUAGUUGUUCCAUGCUACAGAAACCAGGAUCUUCUCUGGACACCUUUUUAAGAUGUAAGGACUGAAAUAUUUUUUUGUGAGAUAGUUGUACUGUGAAGUGUACCCAACUUGACAAAAAAUAUUAUUCUUUAUGCAGUUGGUGACCCCAACUCGUCGCUUAAUAAGGCAAGACUUGGUGGCUGAGGUGGUGAGUAAAUUAUUCCAGACUUUUUGUCCUUUUUAGCAAUAAGUAUUCACCAUGUUGAAUACAGUACUUCUUCAAUUUACAAUCUGUUAUUAUCUUAACAGAAAGGCACAAUAACAAAGAAAGACAGGUGUCUGUUUCUUUUCAAUGACCUGUUGGUAUGUGCAACAGUCAAGCGGAAGGCAAAUGCUCUCAGGAGAGGCUCACUAAGCAUGUAAGUAGACAAACUAAAUACUUUAUGACACAUGUAAUAGAUCAAUGUGUGCUUGGUUAUCAGCUGUGUAGGAGUCAUACCUGUACCUAUAAUUAACCCUGUAACCCUUAAGAGUGACUGGCAUCUGAUAUCUCCUUACCAUAUCACCCCUGAAUCAAACAUUAAGGUCAGGAGAAUGAAGGAGCUGAUCACCCACCAAAGAAGAUCUUGAUUGUUAGACAAAUUCUCAACGUCAGCACCUUAGGAAAUGAUUAGAGAAUAGUAUGGAGAAUAUGCAUACUGAUUUUAGGGUGUUAAGGGCUUAAACCAUUUUUAUUGGACAGUUAUGUAUUAUGCCUAUGCAGUUGGACUACUAUUCAAGUGUCAUGCUUGUGUAAUUUGACCACAAGUGUCAUGUGCACAAGCUCUUGUCUAAACUAUUUGGUUCACCAUGGCUAGAAAAGCAACUUUUGUGUUCCUUUUUCUGAUUAUGUUUACCGAAAGGUAUUUUUCCUGGAAAUUUUGUCAUGGGUAAGAAGAGUUUAAACAACUGGACAGAAUAUUAAUUUAUUAAGUUUUUCAGCUUAUUUUAUUUGUUCAACUUGCACUGCUAUUAUUGUUUGUUAGAUUUUCAGGUUCUGGUACUGAAUUUAACAAGUACAAACUACUCUGGAAAGUUCACCUUGAUGAUGUUGAGAUCUACAAAUGUAAGUGAUCAGUUAACCACCAAAUACAUUUGAUAUUCAUAACUUUUCAGACCAUGGUUUUCAACAUUAUUUGUUUGUUUAAACUUUUAUGUAGCAUCUCCAGAAGCACAGAGACGGAACAGUCUGGAGAGGCAAUUGGAGAAGCUUGACAAUGAUAUGUCAUCACUUAGUAGAAUCAGCUCCAUAGCAGACACCCUGACAAUCGCACACACAGUAAGUGCAGUCACAUAGGGAGAUUUCCAGUCAAACUAUAGCAGACAUAUCAGAACAUUGAUGGUCAACACAUUUACUUUGUAGCUGAUGUAAAAGAGACACAAUAACCUUCACUCUCAAGAUCUGAUUGUUGAUUCUUCCCACUAGCUGCUAUAAAUUUCCCUUUAAAUUGGUUACAAAAAUUUGAUAUUGAAUCAAGAUGGUAGAUGAGUUUGAGUAGUCUUAUUAAUUGUUUUAUGGAUAAUGUGUGGAUAUUAUCGGGAGAAGUUACAUGUCACUCACUUCUGAGAGUUAAAGGGCCAAACAAUGUAGACCUUAGUUGGAAAGGUUUACAUGUUAGUUGUACUAAUUAUUUAUUUUUCUUUUGUGCCUCAUAGGUUUUGGAUGGGGCUAUUAGAGAACUCAUGAAUGAAGUAAACCGGCAGAUUUCAGAGAAGCAAAUUCCAUUGCAACCUCCAACUUCUACCAAGCUGGAGUUACAUGUCACACGAGCAGAGUCAGUGAAAAGUUAACUUUCUUUAUGUUAUUGUGUGAAUGAUAAAAACUUUGUAAAAUUUAAUGUAUGACGUUUUUACACCUAGAAAAAAAAUUGGCAGUAUACUUUGGUCUGCAAGAACCUUUUAUAUUUUUACAACUUACAAAAUUUUGCAAAGUUUAUUGACUUUGUGGAUAGCUCAGUACUUCUUGGAGUUGUGUUAUCAAAUGCUGUACUUUAGCUUGGUCAGUUGCUUAAAUUUUUUGGAGUCUUCCUUUACAAUUUUUUUUUAUAUUUGAUUUCAUUUUUCUCCUGUUUAGGAUUUUAAAUAAUUUCUUCUAGGUAUUUUAAUGUGUAAUUUUAAUUUGCUUUACCAUUUUAGUACUCAAGACAAUUCUUUCUUUUGUUUAGGGAUGAUGGACCUGAGGAGAAAGAUUUUCAGUUCUUGUUCUUGGAAACAGAGAUAAAGAAUUCUUGGGAAGCAUACUUUGAGGAUGCAAAACAGAAACUUGGUAAGACCCUCUAAAAGGAAGGACUUUUCAAUGGGAACACACUGACCAAUUCUUUUGGAUAUUUUUCUUUUUUUUUUUUUUUCAGCAUAUGCCAAAGACACAUUUCCCCCAGAGUUUCAGUAUUGUAUUCCCAUCAAUAAAACAAGGAGUGGAAUGCAGGUCAGAGUCAAAACAUUUCUUUGAAGAUUUUUUUUUUCAAAAUCUUUGUAACUCUCUCAUCCUAUGAGGGAUAGUUGGUUGUUGUUUUUGUUUUUUUACCUCUUUUCGUUGUUUUUACAAUUUUGUAAGAGUUGUGCAGAAGGUUAUUGGUUUAAAUCCAGUUUGGAGAGCUGGAUUCUUUCUUUUGUCUCACUAGGCAGUUGUAAGUUGGUGGUCAGGAGUUGAGCUUGUUUGCUGCCGGCUGCAAAUCCUCUGCCCUACAACUUGAUGCAUUUUAUUCAGUAGUAUCAUUUCAAUGUCUUGACUGCAUUUUGUGGGGAGUGGUCAAUUAAAAUUAUGAUUAUCCUAAUUAACCAGUUUCCACAAAACAGACAGAUCACAUCAAACUGACAAGUACCUCAUCACUUGCCAAUGAUGUUGAUUAUAAUUAUUUGUGCUCAGGUUGUUAGAGACUGUUACUUGAGCUGACAACAGUGCUUUUCAACACUGAACUCAUGUCAACAGUCACGCCACACGAGAGACUGAGAUUUUUUUACAAUUAUUUGUUUUAGUUCACUUGUUCAUCACCAAGCCAGGUACCUCACAUGCUGGACAGAGGAAAUCACAACGGCUCUGGAGAUGUGUGGGUUUGUAACAGUGAUGGUUAUGUUGGACAAGUCUGUAUACUCAGAAUGGGUACGCAGAUUCAGGUGAGGUCCUUAGCCUAACUUCAGUACUCUAAUUAAAACAUUUAUUUCUUUGGUAUAAAACAAAUAUUGUAACUAAUUUUUUUGUGGGAUUUUUUCUGACUGUGUGGUAAAAUCGAAGGGAACAAACCAUGAGUUUGAAAACUGUUAGUAAAAGUAGUAAACUUGAAGUUUGCGUUAUUUUAACUAGCUACAUUAUUGUUAAUUAGUGACUCAGACACUAUUCAUAAUGUAAGGGCUCUUUUUAGGCGGGCUUUUGAAUGAGCCGCGUCACAAUUUCAAACAUUUUGAUAAAAUUUAACAAUGUUGCAAUUCGCAAUCCGGUUCAAUCUGCUUAAUCCUCGACCAUUCGGGCCCAUUUCAAAUUAAUUCUUUUCAUAGUCGCAUUUUUAUAUUUUACCAAACUAAUAUUUUGUAAUUCCCUUCGCGCUGAAUUUUUAUAUUACUCAUUGCAGCAAACGACUCAUAAUGUCAGUUAAAAAAGUUUAUCAUAGCUCACCUGUUAUUACUGUGUCACAUUCUACAGCCGUUUGGUUCAAUCACUGUGUGCAUGUCGAGAAUUCUCUGCAUCUCUCCUGUGCCUGGGACGAAGUUCAGCGGCUUAGAAGCUCUCCAGUCUGAAAGCGACACAAAAUCCGACACUCAUUCUAUCUCUAUGGGAAGCGAAAAGAGCAGUAAAGCGAACACAACGCCAAAAAUUUCUCGUGCCGGUUAUGCUAGCGACGAAGAUGUCACAGGACCUCAGAGCAUCAUGGCUUUUGACAGCAGUUCCGAAGACGAGGAGGGGCUGGGGCAGGAGAGUUUUCUUGGCGGGAAAUUCAAUGACGCAAGCUCUCCGUUUGACGUCGACGGCCGACUCAGUCCCGAAGGCAGCAGUCUAGGAACUACCGGAAGUGCGGACGGGUUGGACAGCAGCCAGGAUGAAAAUGUGUUUGAGUUUGAGGAAAAUUACUCGAGUGGUGACGAAAUAAAGGAGAAAGGAUCCCGAAAACAAUCGAAGCGAAGAAUGGGUUCAUCUCGUACCAGCGAAGAUCUCAAAGACAGCUUGUCUGAUAUUGUGAAUUUUGACACCGAUGAACCAUGUACAGUUUGGCUUGGUACAGAAGAUGGAUGGUUAGUCUCCAGACCUUUUUCAUAGCCUUCUCUGUCUGAAAUUUAUAGCUCAUUUUAUUUACUAGAUUAAAAUAAGGAAAAAAGGAAGUUGUCACGGAAUUUCACUGCUUGGAAUGUCACUUAGGGCAUUUUCAUAUCGUUUCUAUCAUACUUCUGAUGAUGAGAGGUUUUGAGAAACAUUUUAGAAAAAAGAGAAGCGAUAUAAAAACAUGACGUUUCGGCGACGACAUGUCACCAUUAUCAAAUGCAAAUUAUAACAAGAUAGUGAACGUUAUAUAUACAAUAGUAAGUGACAAAUUACAUUAGAAUAAACGAGGCGGGAAUAAACAAAAGAAUGGAAAAAUAUUUUAAAUAAACAGUUUCGCUGGAAUGGAGUCAUUUUGAGUGUUCAGAGUCGGUCUCUUUUUCCUUAUCAAAAGCAUCUCGUAAAUAAGGCACUCAAAUUUUCCGUGGCAUUUCUUUAAGAUGGUAAAAAGGAGACGGACAGGAGGAGGCAGUCACAAAAACAACGGAUCGACAGGCAGACAAAGGAUAAACAGAAACACUUUCACAAGCACACAUCAUCAUCAACAGCGACACCCAAACAACAACAGAGACUUUUGAGAAACACAAAUUAUCAUCUAGGUGUUAUUCGAUUGAUUCUUUCUUAUGUUCUUUCUCCUAGUGUUUUCGUGUAUCCGGCGAAGGAAGCUCAGAAUAAGAAGUCGAAAUUAAAGCUACAGCAUUCCGGAUCAAUUCAGUGCAUUUUGUAAGUACUUUGACUUUUUUUCGUACCAUCGAAAAUUCAUACUGAGUUAGUCUUGAUAUCAAGUUGGGUGCAUAAUGUAUCAAAAUGAUUUGGAAUACCAAAAAACUUGCGUCAUUUGUCUUUUAGGUAUGUUGAUAAUCAAGUCUUCAUUUCACUGUCAACGGGUGACUUGUACAUUUACAGAAGACAACCUGGUAAGAUUUUUAGUGGUUGGUAAUUCCGCUUACAAAACAUGAUUUAAACAGGCUGCGGGUUAAAAUUGAUAACCAGAAAUAACUGGAAAACAUUAACACUGUGUCAAGCGCCGGAAAAGAUGCGGCCGGUUUUAUAGGGCGGGAAAAUAUGAAAUCAGAGAAAGGACGCGUUUGCUUGUGAUUUCUCUCUACACGACCCUUUAGAAAGGGAGACAAAUCUAAAUACGACUCUUUUUUUUCUACAGGCUGUGCAUGGGAGGUUGGUUCUCCCGUGAUGCUUCAUAUUGGGGAGGCGGUAGGAGUCUCAUGUAUGACGGCCAUCCAUGGUCGAUUGUGGUGCGGUCUGGGAUGUAAUGCUGUCAUUGUCAACACAACCACUUUGGAAGUCGAGGUAGGACCUAGUUCGCUUUUAAGUACUCAGAAUUUUGUACUCAGGUUAAUUUUUUGGGGGCUAAACUGUUUAUUUAUAGACUCACUAAAGCCGUGCGCCUGUGUAUAGAGAUGAAUGCAAGUGGUCAGUGUUUCCUUGAGCCAAUCAUGCGUACUGUCUCGUUAAACGGUUCCAGGGAUCCUUGCUUGUUGAGGUCUGACCUUCCCGAAGAUUGUUUAGAUAAGUUUUUAACAAGACUGCUGUAAAGAGCUUAAUACUCUACAUAAUAUUUUGUGUGAGGGACUCGGGAAUUUUUGUUACUCUUCAUAACCCUCAGACAAGUAAAAAUCGCGAAACCCGUUUUCUUUGGACCUUUUUGCAGACUUCUUUCAACUGUAGCCUGGAUAAGGACCGCAGUGUGUACCGGAUGGCAAGCUCUGGUAUGGGUGUGUGGAUUUCACUCCAAAGCUCCGCUGCCGUCAGGUUGUUCCACGCCACACGCUAUGAGUGUUUAGCUGAUGUCGAUGUGGCUCCACCCGUGCACAAAAUGCUUCAAGGUAAAUUGUGUUUGAGUUAAGGACAAUUUUCAAUUGGGUGUCGAAAGUAAUCUGAGAUUUCUUCGGUUUUCCUUUAAUUCGCUUCAUGUUGUUUGGUAAAGCCUCUAAAACGAUCAGCGGUGAAAACUUUUCUGUAUUUCUACACGCUAGGUUCCGAUGCAAUCAUCCGUCAGCACAAAGCAGCUUGUUUGCGUGUUACCGCACUCCUUGCUUGCAAGGACCUUUUGUGGAUUGGCACUAGUGCAGGCGUAGUUUUAACAUUACCGCUGCCAACAAUAACCGCUAGCACGGCUUCUCUUCGUAACUGCCCAUCGGCGACAGCCUCCUUCCAUGGACAUACGGGACAUGUGCGUUUUCUCACUGCUGUUGAGGCUCCAAAGGAAGGAGGACAAGACAACACCAAUGAUAAAAGUUCCAACAGUACCAUAGGCACUUCUCCAUCGAAAACAAAUGGUGCGCUUCCACCUGGCACUUCCGCUGGUCGAGAAGUGUUGAUAAUAAGCGGCGGUGACGGUUAUGAGGACUUCAGGACAAGCUCCGCUAGUGAAUCCGCUGGACGAGAUGACAGCACGAACCAUCUCCUUAUUUGGCGUGUGUAA